GCCAUGCGCUGGGCCCUGCUGCUGGCCGCGGCCGCGCUGCUGGCGCCCGCCGCCGCCGCGGCGCCCGCCGCGCGAGAGGAGCUGCUCUUCCAGGCCUGGAUGGUGCAGAAUAACAAGAAGUACGGUUUGGAGGAGUAUUACCACAGGCUGCAGAUCUUUGUCAACAAUAAAAGGCAAAUCGAUAAGCACAAUGCUGGGAAUCACACGUUUGAAAUGGGUCUGAACCAAUUUUCAGAUAUGACGUUCACAGAAUUUAAAAAAAUGUAUCUGUGGAGUGAACCGCAGAACUGCUCAGCCACGAAGGGGAACUUCCUGCGCAGCUCUGGGCCGUAUCCUGACUCUAUUGACUGGAGGAAGAAGGGAAAUUACGUGACUCCUGUGAAAAACCAGGGCCCCUGUGGGAGCUGCUGGACCUUUUCUACCACGGGGUGUCUGGAGUCUGCAAUUGCUAUAGCAACGGGAAAACUCUUGUCUCUGGCGGAACAGCAAUUAGUUGAUUGUGCUCAGGCUUUUAACAACCAUGGCUGCAGUGGGGGCCUGCCAAGCCAAGCGUUUGAAUACAUACUGUAUAACAAAGGGCUCAUGGGGGAGGACACCUACCCAUACCGGGCUGAGAAUGGCACGUGCAAGUUCCAGCCGGACAAGGCUAUCGCUUUUGUCAAAGAUGUUGUCAAUAUCACGGAGUAUGAUGAGGCUGGCAUGGUCGAAGCAGUGGGGAAGCACAACCCAGUGAGCUUUGCAUUUGAGGUGACGAGUGACUUCAUGCACUACAGAAAAGGAGUCUAUUCAAACUCAAGAUGCAAGCACACUCCCGACAAGGUGAACCAUGCUGUCCUAGCUGUGGGGUAUGGAGAAGAAAAUGGGACUCCUUACUGGAUUGUUAAGAACUCCUGGGGCCCACUAUGGGGCAUGGAUGGGUACUUCCUUAUUGAACGUGGCAAGAAUAUGUGUGGUCUGGCCGCUUGUGCAUCUUAUCCAAUUCCUCAGGUGUAAGAGGGGAGCGCAGGCUGGUGAAGGCAGCCACUGAAACGUGAACAACUCAUUGUAUAGGAAUUUCUAAAUGCUAAAAUAAACAAUCUGAAGAAAAACAAAGAACAAAAUCAGUUGAAAUUUGUUCCAUGCAGGUAGAUUCCUCUGCUUGCACAAAGCUUCUUACAGCAGGUAGAUCUAUGCCGUCUUCCGUAUUCCCCAGCCCAAAGCAAGCAUGCAAGCCUGAACGGACCUUCCAGGUCUGAGAGCCAGAAGCUCCUGUCUUCUCAUCCCAGUGCAAUGCCCUUAUUGUGUACCUGGCUCUCUCUGCACUAACACAGGGCACGAACCAUCUACUGAGAUAGGAUGUUGUUGAGGGGAGGGUGGCCGAUUAGAUCAGAGAGCACUUUGAACAUGCAAAGGCCAAGCAGUUGUUAUCAGACAAAUUUUGCCAGUCCAGUUUUGAGACGCUGUGGCAACAUUUACCCCAUUUCUAAGGUGACUGUUCCUGCUCACCAGACCUAACUUAAGGGGAUUUUUCUAAUUUCUUCGAAGGCAAUUUUUCUUUUCAAUUCAGAAAGUGAUGUGAUUAAGUUUUAAUCUAUUUUCAUUGAAUAUUUUAGUAUUUUUGUAAAGAAUUUGGUUGUAUUAAUGAAAAUACUGAAGAAAGGGGUGAUUUUUCUUUUAGGAAUCAAGGCAUGAGCUAUAAGUUUAAAAGCAUGCAGUUUUGAGAGAAGCCCUGACACCAGUAGGGGGCAUUUCUGUUAAAUAUUAUUUCAUGUUAAAGUAUUGCUACUGACUUAUUACAGUGUACUAUCGGAGAAAAUAAAAA